AACAACAGACACCCAUGUGAUCUCAUGAAAUGCAUAAUCAGAGAUGAUGAAAAAUGUUUACAGCUUAGAGAUUCCCUUUCACCUGCACAAAUAUGGCAACAAACAAACAGCAUCCUAACCGAUCCAUGCGGCUGUCGACUGCUUCUUUUAACCCAUGAUAACGAAUUUGACUUUCUUUCAUCCCUCCCUGUUCUAAAAACGCGGGUUUUAGCUCUGCUAACUGUUGUAUAUGACCAGCUUCCUUUCUUAUAAUUCUUGAGAUCUGAGGAAGUGGGUUUUGUUUGUUUGUUUGUUUCAACCAAGGAUAUGGAAGAAGAUGGUUCUAGUUGCAGGAAGAAGAGGAAGGACUAUGAGGAUGAAGAAGAAGAAGAGAAUCAAAGUUAUGGAAUGUCUCAGAUUUUGAUGAAGAAACCCAAAUUGCCUGGUUUAGCAAGUGUGAUAAUUGAAGCAAUGAAGUUAGAUAGUUUACAGAGACUUACAUCAUUAUUGGAGCCUCUUCUUCGCAGAAUCGUAAGUGAAGAAGUAGAUCGUGCUUUAACAAAGCAACUUGAACAACACAAACAACUAAUCAUCUCCAACAGCAACAACAACAAAAACAGAUCAGGAGAAGAAUCAAAAACUUUACAGCUUCAGUUUAAGACAAAGAUGCCACCUCAUCUAUUCACAGGUGGUAAGGUGGAAGGAGAACAAGGAUCAUCCAUCCAUGUUAUCCUCAUAGAUCCGUUAACAGGUAGUAUUGUACGAACUGGGCCGGAAUCAUGUGCCAAACUUAGUAUUGUUGUUCUUGGUGGGGAUUUUAAUGAAGAAUCGGAUGAGAGCUGGACUAAACAAGUGUUUGAGAGCUAUGAGGUUAAAGAACGUGAAGGAAAAGGGCCACUUCUUAGUGGUGAAUUGAUGGUUAAUUUGAAAGAGGGUAUUGGAACUGUUGGAGAUUUGAGUUUUACUGAUAACUCAAGCUGGGUUAAGAGUAGAAAGUUUAGACUUGGUGUCAAAACAUGUUAUUUUGAAGAGGGUUUUCGGAUUCUCGAAGGUAAAACCGACCCUUUUGCUGUCAAAGAUCAUCGAGGCGAACUGUACAAGAAACACUAUCCACCAGCUUUGAAUGAUGAAGUAUGGAGACUUGAUAGAAUAGCAAAAGAUGGAGCACUUCAUAAGAAGUUAAUCAAAUCCCAAAUCAUAACAGUUGAAGAUUUCCUUCGAGUGCUCGUUAGAGAUGGGCAGAAACUGAGAACCAUUCUCGGUAGUGGGAUGUCGAAUAGAAUGUGGGAGAACACGGUUGAACAUGCGAAGACAUGUGUACUAGGUAACAAACUCUAUGUUUACUAUGCGGAUGGAGCACGAGGAAUUGGUGUUGCUUUCAACGAUGUUUAUGAGCUUACAGGCCUUAUUGCCGAAGAACAAUUCUUCCAACUGGAUUCACUUACAUUUGAUCAAAAGAUUUUGGUAGAUUCCCUGGUGAAAAAGGCUUAUGAAAAUUGGAAUCGGGUGGUUGAAUACGACAACAAAAUAUUGAAUUCCUUGGCUAUUGGCGGUAACUACCAUCAAAAGUAUCAGCAACAGAAUGAAUUAUCAGAUUCAGGAUCUGCUUCGAAUGUUGAUUAUGCAUCAACGGGAUUUGAAGAUUUUGCAUCAGAGGAGGAGAUUCGGAUCAGAAGUUUGGAGAUGUUGGAGAGGGAUGAUAUGCAGAUAAUGUUGAAGACACUUAACACAAACGUAUAUGAUCAAACAUUUUACUCUUACAGUAACAAUGAGAAGGAAGAACUCAAAAUCGAUGGUUAUGGUGAUAAGGAGCGAGGUCAUGGGGGUAAAAAGGCAGUUGUAAGUUGGGUGAAACUGAAAGCUGCUCUGAGAUGGGGAAUUUUCGUUCGAAAAAAGGCUGCCGAAAGGAGAGCUCAACUUGUUGAACUAGACUCGUAAUUUCAAAUAAUUGCUAACCUAGUUGGAUCAAAUAGUUACACAUGCUGCUGUUCCAUUAUAAGUUAUUCUGGAUUUUCAUCAUCAAUCAUAAAUCAACACAACAUACAAU